CGCACAAAUACACACCACACGCGAACGGGCCUCGGUGCAAGAUGUUUAUCCUCAGUACCAAAUGAGCGUCUUCUCUUUUGUUUAGUUUUAAACAAUAAAUAAUGUUUCGAUAAAUCUUGCAUAUCAAGUAAUAUAUCCAAAAAGAAGAAAAAAAUAUUUGCUCUAUCCAUGCAUAGAGAUAUUUCAAACUUCUCUAAAGAAAUUACAGACAAUAGUUUUUAUUUGCACCCUGGAGACACCGAUGAAUUCAGUAGAGAGUAGGAGAAAGGACUCUUUAGGACGCAUUAUCUCUGCUGUCCUUCAACCCCCAGACUUCGCACCAGACUGAAACGAUUCGGACCAGAUAGCCACACGAAAGGAUAGGCCUAAGCGUACGCGAGGUCAGUUGAACAACCCCUAAAAGCCGAGGUCAAAGCAUGUCUGUCAGAUCUGCGCGAGAUGAAACGCUCACACACCUUCCGGAAGCGGGACCCUGGCGCUCCUGGAGGCGAUAGACCGGACAAUCAACGUCCUCAUAACUCGCCAGUACGUCUGUCUCCUCCGUCAUCAGAUUCCUCAUCGUCGGAGGACAGUGAAGAAGAGAGGCUCAUACGUCGUCGUCGACGACGACGAGGACUGCCAUCGUCGUCUUCAGAUUUCUCAACUGAUGACAGUUCAGAGGGCUACAGGAGCGGCAGCGGCGACUCGGAUUCGGAGGUAGACUACGUGUCACUGAUGAACGCGACUCCUGAUUCCGAGGAGCCAUUUCCUGCUGGCGGAGAGGGCGAAUGGCAACGCGACGACGCCCCUGGGACUGAUAGGUUCGUGUGGCAGAAGCGGGACAAUGUUCCGCGGCGCUGGGAGUUCAAGGGCGCUCCAGGGGUCAAAGGUCAUAACCUGACCGCCACUUCCUCGCCCGUGGACAUCUAUCGCUGCUUCAUCACAGACGAAUUUAUCGACCUCAUCGUCCGGGGAACAAAUCAGUACAGUCAGCAAUACCCAGACGACUGGGUUGACACUACGGCGGCGGAAGUCAACGCUGUAUUCGCAUUGUUCUUCCUGAUGGCCUUGCAGUCGACGCCCAGGGAUAAGGACUUUUGGUCGCGCGAUCCCCUCGAAAGUCGACACGUGUUUGCACAGACGAUGUCGGUGGAUAGAUUCGAGUCACUGUGCAGUCGCCUACAGGUGGCGAGUGAGGAUAGGACGGGACCUGUCGCUGACCGCCUGAGGAAACUUCAGCCAGUUGUCGACCUGUUGACUGGGCAGUUCUCGUCGGUCUUCACUCCUCCUGAGAGGGUGUCGGUCAAUGACAGUCUAUUGGAGUUCUGGGGGCGCUGGCAACCCACCGAUGAGUGCGCGCACUCUAAGGUUAAAAUUUACAAGCUCGCGGUCAGUGAUGGUCCGACUUCAGGCUAUGUAAGCGCCUUCCAGAUCUCCAAGGGAGAGAGCAAAGGGGACAUCCCUACGCCCUCCAAGGUCGCUAUCGAUUUAAUAGGCGCCGCGGGCCUGUUUGGAAAGGGGUACGAGGUGCACACCGGUGACAGAUACACCUCUCCAGGCUUCUUCCACUACCUGCAGAGUCAGCAUGUCAAUGCGGUUGGCAUGGUUCGUGUCAACCGCAGGUAUAUGCCAGAAGACCUGCAGGUGAGGGCCCGUGGUGAUGUGGACAGUCGCAGCACGGGGACGGGCAUGUUGUGCCUUCAAUGGCACGACCAGAGGCCCGUCACAAUGCUCUCGACUGUUCACGAUAGCGACAUGGUCACGGUUUCGGGCCGGAGUCUGAAGCCUAAAGUCGUUGCCGACUUCAUCGGGAUGAAGAGAGUAGCUUUGAGUAAACUGGCUAAAGCAGACCUGACAUCUGACGAGUCCGUCAAUUUGACUGCUCAAAUACUGUACAAAUUGGUUGAUAUGGCGGUUGAGAACGCCUAUUUAGUGCACAGAACACUUGGAGGAACAUUAGCUCGUCGGGCCUUCAGGAAGGAGAUCGUUCGCGAGCUUCUACGAGAUUUCCACCGGUGGAAAGAUGCCGUCCGUGAUCCAGGCCCGGAGGAAGACCGUUUCCAGGGAGGUCACCAUGUCCACUUCCUGGUUCCUGUGCCUUCCGGCCGUUACCGACGGUGUAAAGUGUGUCAUGCGCGCGGUGCACGCAAAGAAACUCGCAGCAUGUGUGAACAUUGUCAUGUGGCCUUGUGCCCAUAUGAAUGCUUCCAGGUCUACCACACAGUUAAAAAUUAUGCGUAAUGUUUAUAUACAUAGAACAGAAAAAUACUUGGUUUAUCCGUCUUUAGCUCGGUGUUACAUUUAAUAAACAGAAAGUUCAAUAAGCUUGUUGUAGUUUUAAUAGA